AUGGCUUCAGCUCCGCCCGAACUCGCGGGCGGAGCCCUCGGCACCGGUUGGCGCAGCAACUGCACCCACCCAGACGGACACAUCAACACUGUGGUGCCCCGGAUCUGGGAGCUCCGCGCGGAGCGCCGGCUCCUCGCACAGGAUCGCAGCUUACAUGGACAGCUUGCGCACUGGCGGGUUUCAGUGCGAAUUCAGGAGCUUGAAAGAGUUGCCGGAGCCGCCCGGCGGCGUCGCAAGCGCCAAUUCCUCCUUGAACAAAUGGAACAGGCCGAGGCUGCGGCUCAACGGGGACAUCUCACUGCUGUUUACGCUGUUGUACGCCGCCUGGCACCCAAGAAGGCCUCUCUCAAACUCCAUGUUCGUACACCGGAGGGCCACAUGCAGGGACCCCGGGCAGAGCGAGACACGCUUAUAGCCCAUUUUCGCGAGCUGUACCAGGCUUCUUCGGCCCAGCCUGGCCGCGCCUUGCCCUGCACGGAGCAUCUGUUUACAGAAGGUGCCUGCACUGCUGCUUUGAUGCGUCUCCCAGCCCAGAAAGCCGCGCAUCCCAAGUCGGCUCCAGGAGUGCUUUGGAAGCUUGGUGCCUCGAUACUGGGCCCGGCGCUCAGUCACAUCCUGAACAACUCCUACGCCAAUGUGCCCAGCAGCCUCCCUCUCGAACUUCGCCAGGUUGCCAUGUGUUUGGUGCCGAAGCCGGGACGUCGAGCCCAACAGCCCUCGGAUGCUAGACCGAUCAGCCUUUUACAUCCUGCCAACAAGGCGCACGCCUCAAUGCUUAAUGAUCUCCUGGCCCCCUUUCUUGUGCCGUACCUGGCCACUGCACCCCAAUUUGCAUACUGUCACGGCCGAUCCACCAUGGAAGCACUCCAUCGAGUUUUCUCACACUUCCAUGCUGUUCGGGCUCAGGCCCCCACUCGCUCUCGGAUGGUGCAGCGCCGACGUGACAACACCGCUCGCCACCCAUGCACUGGCGGCCUCAGCUUCUCGUUGGAUGUGGCUCAGGCCUUCGAUUCAAUACCCCGUUGGGUUGUCGUUGCCGCCCUACGAGCUGCGGGGACCCCGGAGGCCAUUAUCACACAGGUCGUAGCACUGCAUGCACAGAUUCUUCUCGAAGUUGACCACGGCGGCGAGGUGGCUACUUGUCACACGGCUCGGGGCGUGAGACAGGGCUGUCCGCUGUCGCCCUCUUUGUGGGCAGCCGCGACCACCUUCGUCUACCACCGCCUUCUUGAAGAGCUCGGCCCUGAUGCGGCUCAGGUUCUCACAGUCUUCGCUGAUGACAUCAUAGGCCAAUGGCAAAUCACCUCACUGACAGCACUGCAGGACAGCUUGGACCAGAUCCGCCGGCUGACUCGCGUGCUCCAGCAUCACGGGUUCCAGGUCAGCCCCAAGAAGAGUGUGAUAUUGCUUCAGGUCAUUGGACCCCAUGCCGAGAGAUGCCUGGGCAAACUCCGCUUCCGUGACCAAGGUGUGGCAAAGAUCAGAGUGGCACCGGACCUCUCCUACCCGGUGGUUAGAAGGCACACCUACCUCGGAAUGAUCAUUGGCUACGGGGCUUUUGAACGUCACUCGGUUGACUAUCGCUGCAAACGAGCUGCCCAGGUCUUUGCACGUUUACGGCAGGUGCUCUGUGGCAGACACGGCCUCAGCCAGCAUAACCGACUCCGCCUUUGGCGUGCAAUUGUGUGGCCCUCCCUUAGGUACGGUUUAGCUGCUCUACCUCUAGACCCGAAGGAGCUGCAGAGAGUGCGGGGCUUUGCGGCACGGCACCUCCGCGCUAUUACACACAACCUGGGCCACGAAACGCAUAAGACCAAUCAGGAGCUUUUUGACGAACUCGGCCUUCACCCGGUCAGCCUCUUGAGACGGGAGGCCCAAAACAAUUUCACUCGGUUCCAGGCCCUCCCUGACUUGCUACGCCUUGAAAGGACACGUCAAUGGCAUGCUCUGCUUUUGGCAUCCCUGGUGGAGCCAUCGAAGCAAGAGGCCGAGGACACAGGUGCUCCUUCAGACCUAAACCCUCCUCCCAAGGAUGCCUCGACCCGAGUCGGCAUGCGCCGCCAUCCACGUGAACAGCCUGAAGCCCAGCAUGUAACCCUAGUCGAGAUCGAUGCUGUCGCCCGCCCCUUUGCUUGUCCGGAUUGCCCUUGCACCUUCGCAACAGCAGGCAUUUUGCACACGCAUCGGGUCAAAAAGCAUGGGGCGGACAAACGGAGCAGCACCAGACGCACGACACAGCAGCAAAAUCAGGUCGAACACUCCCUAGGCGGGGUCCCAACUUGCCGCUAUUGUCUUACUGAGUUCAAUGGCUGGCGUAAUUUUAACUCGCACAUUCUCUUCAACAAUUGUCCGAAACGACCUGUGGACUCCGCGAAUGCUGUUCCCACGGUCAGCGAGCAAGUUGAAGAUGCCCAUCUGCUAGGACAUUCGUGUCGGGAUGGGAGUUCCGUAGUGCCUGCCCACCCAACCUUGGAAGUGCCGACCACACGUCAGGCUGCCUCCGACUUCCACGCCCGCCUGGUUGCUGAACCGGCCAUUGCAGCUCUUGACCCUGCUCGCCAGAAAGAUUGGAAGCACAUUGCUGGACUCAAGCCACUGCAUGUUCUGUUGAAUAUGACAGCAGCCGCGAUGGAACAGGAGGAACAGCAGGAGUGGGACCUCUACUCCAAGUUCAUGGGGACACUGCCGGGAGCCAAACCGAGCAGGCCCUUGCAACCGGCUCAGGGGAGCGAACAGCCACCGGCGAAACAGCCGAAGACGCAAACGCAGACCCAGCAGCAGCCGAAGGGCAAAGGAAAGGGAAAACGGGGCGGCGGCAAAGGCAAAGACCACAACAAGAAGCAGCUCACCCAGGACGAGAGGCAAGAGCUGACGGACCUUCGUCAGCUGUGCGAGCAACUGAUCAGGCUGGCCCUUCGACACGAAGACGGCCUCAAAGCGCUCCAGCUCGACACCUCCUUUGUGAUUUGGUUGCGAGUGGGGCUACCGGGAGGCCUGCCAGAGAGUCUCCACCAGAGCGCCGAGGCAUGGCGAGCCGACCGGGAUCAGGGUCUGGCCCGCACCUCCUUGCGUCAUCAACUGUGGCUCCAUCUAUGGAAGGAAUUCCAGCGACGACUCACCCCGGAGCUCCUGACAGCCGAGAUCCAGUCCAUGAUGACGAAGUUGGGCUAUCUGAAGGACGGACGGUGGGCCUUCCUCCGCUGGGAGGCCAACGCGGAGACGGGUGGCCGACUUGUCCCGGACGCGGAGAAGCAACCGCUCAACAUGCAGGAAGUUCGGGAGAACGUGGACCACAUCGUACGCCUGAGCCAGGACGCGGAUCUGAUCACUCGAUUCUGUCCCACCCGUCCACUGGCAGCAGAGCUUCGGGGACCGUCAAUCACAUUCCUGUGCUCAGUGGCAAACCGCUCGACGCCUUCGGACCAGCUGCACGCAGCCCUGCAAACACUUUGCGCCAAUGCCAGCUGCCAGGUUUUGGGCAUGGCGAUCAAGCCGGAGCGCUUGGCGCGCAGCCCUCUGGCCAAUGCCCUGGCUCGACAGCUCCCGACUGCUCAGCUGGUGAGUCGACUGAGCCUCCUGAAGGCCAAGCUUUUGAACAGGUCCAAUGUGUGCUACUCCAAUUGCACCAUGUUAUGCUUGCUUUGGCUGCAGUGCCAAUGUCGGCAGGAUCUCCUGCCACGUGCUUUACUUUCGUCCCUCGAGGCCCUGCUAAAGGCUGCCAAGCCUUUUUCACUGUGGGAUCUUUGGCAGUUCAAGCAGCUACUACGUCAUUGGAGGGAUCCCGGACGGCAGCAUGAUGCCGCAGAGUUUAUCAAAUCAUACCAGGCGGGGGCUGACACGAAUGGUUUGAGCGGUGUCUGGCAAGCACGCACCACUGCAGGAGAAGUGCGAUUUCUGGGAGACACAUCUCCUCUGCCUCUGUCAGUGCCUCUGACCGACGGCGCCACUGUUCAGCAACUCGUGACAGCCUGGAGUGCCCAAGACCAGGUACACGCGCUGUGGCGACCUCCUGAGUGCCUAGUCUUGCAGCUUUCGCGAUAUGGCCCACGUGGCAAGCUUCACACGCACAUUAGCCUUGAUGAUGGAGUGGUGCAGUUUCCUUGCUUUGUUGCUUCGACUAACCAUGUAUGCCACGUCGCUUAUCAGCUGCAAGCAGCUGCAAUCCAUUUGGGAAGCACUCCCCACGAGGGUCACUACAGAGCUGCCUUGUUUGACGAAGGGAACAAACUCUGGUAUGCUGAUGAUGGCAAACAUGCCACUUUAGCCAAUGCCAAAACCAAGAGUGAGAUCCAAUCCAACUGUUAUGUGCUUUACUUGACUCGUGUUUGA